GUCUGUCCGAGUAAGUUUUACUGAGUCGGCGGUGAGAGAGAGAGUUGGUGUUAUUAAACUUGUAUUCCUUGAUUAGCUACAUUUAUUCUGUCUUUAGGUAGUCGACUUGGCCAGUUAAACAUUGCGGGGACCGAUGGCUGGGUUCAAAGUGCUUGUAGUGUCUAUAAUAUCGGCGUGUUUAUUAGAAAGGGUUCUCGUCACCUCAUUUUCCCAGUCCCUGGACAGCGACUUCACCUUCACCCUACCCGCUGGCCGCAAGGAGUGUUUCUUCCAAACCAUGAAGAAAGAUGCAUCGUUGGAAAUUGAAUAUCAGGUGCUUGACGGAGCAGGCCUAGACGUUGAUUUCUACCUAUCCUCUCCAACUGGGCAUGUGCUGGCCAGAGACCACAGGAAGUCUGAUGGCGUACACACAGUGGAGACAGAAGAUGGGGACUACAUGUUCUGCUUCGACAACACCUUCAGUGCCGUAUCUGAGAAGAUCAUCUUCUUUGAGCUGAUCUUGGACAACAUGGAGGAUGGGGAAGCAGACCCUGAGAGCUGGAAGGAGUAUGUCCACGGAGCCGAUAUGCUCGAUAUGAAGCUGGAGGACAUCAUGGACACCAUUAACAGUGUGAAGGCCCGGCUGGGGAAGAGCUUACAGAUCCAGACAGUGCUGCGGGCGUUUGAGGCCAGGGACCGCAACCUGCAGGAGAGCAACUACGAACGAGUCAACCUGUGGUCCUGCACCAACCUUGUGGUCAUGGUAGUGGUGUCCGGGCUACAGGUCUACCUGCUGCGCAGCCUCUUUGAGGACAAGAGGAAGAGCCGCACGUAGCACCCUCCCCCCUGUGGGGAAAGACAUGGCCUGGCACCAGGCUCAGCCAGCACCAGAACACCAGGUUCCUCUGCUGCUAGGCUGCUUUACACAGGCGACUUUGACAAGUACACACACACACAGACACACACAAACACACACACUUUGCCAAACUAUCCAUCCGGUCUUGUUCUGCAACAGUGGGACAUCCCUGCUAAGCUCCCUGGAGCCUUCUGUCUUACUUUACUGACUUGUUCAAGACAAUCAUUCAUUGCCACACAUGAGCCAUGGAGAUAGAGCCUUCCAGUGGUUGGACCGCACACGUUAUCUCCAUCAGUCUCAAACUAUUGAACAAAGAGAUAUGUACAUCUCUAUAACUGCUGGCUCUAUUCAAGGAAAUUGAUAUAUGAGUGAGAUUGGUAGACCAGCUUGGUCAAAUGUUACAAUUUUAGCACACACAGGACUAAUCUGAGUAUAAAAUAUAUAUGUUGUAGCUAUGAUGUAUUUCUUACUGUAUAAAUGCAUUUUUUAAUGUAACCUCUAACUGCAUAAAAGAAAAUGCUGUUUACAAGUCAGGUAACAAAGUCUUCCAGGCACUGAAAUCUUUUGACUGCUCUGCUCUGUUCGGCUGGCCACACCUUGGGUUGCUUGAAUUGUGGCUUGGCUGUUGCCACUCGCAUUACCCCCUGUAGGGAGAUUCCAUUUGUUACUGAAAUGCUUAAGGUUUGGCUCUUUGUUAGAGCUUUUGUUUGGCUUUGGCCAUGACUUCUGAAGAGCAGUCUUUUGUCACACCCUUGCCUAUGUGGCAUGCAGUGACGCUGAUGAACACCACACACACACACACACACACACACAC